UCCACUUCCGGAAUCAUUACCGGCGGAUGUUGACAGCGACACCGCUUAGCUCUAACGCUGGUGUAGUAGUUUCAUUUUUUGUUGCUGUGGUAAAAAAAAAAGAUGGCAUCAUCCAACUCGUACAAACUCAGAUGCUCCAUCCCAGGCCACGAGAUGGACGUGAGAGGACUGGCGGCCGCUGUUUUCCCAGAGGGAGCUUUCGUCUCCGUGUCCAGAGACCGAACCGGAAGAGUUUGGGUACCGAACUGCAGCCCGGAUAAAGGAUUCACUGAGAUGCACUGUAUGUCUGGACACUCAAAUUUUGUAUCUUGUGUAUGCGUCAUUGCACCCAAUGAAACGUACCCCCGGGGUCUGAUUGCCACUGGUGGGAAUGAUAACAACAUUUGUGUUUUUACUCUGGACCAACCGCAGCCCCUCUACACCUUGCAAGGUCACAAAAAUACAGUUUGCACUUUGUCCUCUGGGAAAUUUGGAACGCUUUUAAGUGGCUCCUGGGACACGACGGCCAAAAUUUGGCUCAACGAGAAGUGCAUGAUGACUUUGCAGGGGCACACUGCAGCUGUGUGGGCAGUAAUCAUCUUACCUGAGCAAGGCUUGAUGCUCUCUGGAUCAGCAGAUAAGACCAUAAAGCUUUGGAAGGCUGGCCGAUGUGAGAGGACGUUUACAGGGCACGAGGAUUGUGUAAGAGGACUGGCAGUGAUCAGCAGCACAGAGUUCUUCUCCUGCAGCAAUGACACCAGUAUCAGAAGGUGGCUGGUGACAGGCGAAUGUGUACAGGUCUACUACAGUCACACCAACUACAUCUACAGCUUAGCUGUCUUCCCCAAUAGUCAAGAUUUCAUAAGCACAGGAGAGGACAGGAGUUUGAGGAUAUGGAGGAAAGGAGAGUGCUGCCAGACCAUCCGUCUCCCUGCCCAGUCAGUCUGGUGCUGCUGUCUUCUACCCAACGGCGAUAUAGCUGUUGGUGCCAGUGAUGGCAUUAUUCGUAUCUUUACGGAAGCUGAGGACCGCAUGGCCAGCGCCGAAGACCUACAGGCUUUUGAAGACGAGCUCUCCAAAGCUACCAUAGACCCUAAAACGGGGGACCUUGGGGACAUCAAACUGGAAGACCUGCCUGGAAGAGAGCACCUCAAUGAGCCUGGGAAUCGCGACGGUCAAACGCGUUUGAUCAAAGAUGGACAGAAGGUGGAGGCGUAUCAGUGGAGCGUCAGCGAUGGCCGCUGGAUGAAAAUCGGGGAUGUGGUCGGAGGCUCGAACCAACAGACCUCUAAGAGUGUGGUGUAUGAAGGAAAGGAGUACGAUUACGUCUUCACCAUCGAUGUGAACGAGGGAGGACCAUCCAUGAAGCUGCCUUAUAACGUGUCAGAUGACCCCUGGCUGGCGGCGCACAACUUCCUGCAGAAAAAUGAUCUCAGCCCCAUGUUCCUCGACCAAGUUGCUAAGUUUAUAAUUGAGAACACUAAAGGACACGAGGUGGGUCCUGCUCAGCCCAGCAGUGGUGAUCCGCUCACAGGAGGAUCUCGAUAUGUUCCUGGCUUAGGUAAUGAUGACUCGGGCUUCGGAGCAGAUCCCUUUACAGGCGCUGGUCGCUACAUCCCAGGCUCAAGUUCCAACGAAAGCGCUCCAUCGGGCAUGGCAGAUCCAUUUACUGGAAAAGGCGCCUACUCCUCAGCCGCCCAGAGGCAGACCCAAACUAACGUCUACUUCCCUAAAACCGAUGCUGUAACCUUUGAGCAAGCCAACGCCCCUCAGAUUAUUGCCAAGUUAAAGGAGCUGAAUGAAGGUGCCCCUCAGGAGCACAAGCUCUCUGAGGAAACCAUGGAAAGUCUUGAGGGACUGUUGCAGGUGGUGUGUGAAGCCAACUCACCUGAGCCUCCACCAACCAUUCAGCAGAUCAGCCUCCUCUGGAAGGUCUCGCACUGGCCUGAAGAAAUUGUAUUUCCUGUCCUGGACAUCCUGAGGCUGGCAGUGCGCCACCCGCAGGUUAACGAGAGCCUCUGCGGUGAGGCAGAAGGAGUCCAGCUGUGCAACCACCUGCUGAGCCUGAUGAGGCCCGAGGGCCGCCCUGCCAACCAGUUGCUGGCGCUGCGCACUCUGUGCAACUGCUUCAGCGGCAGACACGGUCGGGCUCUCCUCAUGUCCCAGCGUGAAACGAUACUGUCGCGCGCUGCCGACCUGGCCGCCGUCUGCAACAAGAACAUCCACAUCGCCCUAGCAACUUUGGUGCUGAACUACGCAGGCUGCCUUCACAGCCAGCCCGACCUCGAGGCCAAGGCUCAGUGUCUGUCUGUGGCCAGCAGGGCUCUGGAGACGGUACAGGACAAGGAGGCUAUAUUUAGGCUGCUGGUGGCCUUGGGAACCACUGUGGCCUCGGACCAGACAGCCCAGGACUUGGCACGCUCCCUAGGUGUCGGCUCACAGAUUUCCAGGUACUCCACAGUGUCUGAGCCGUCAAAGGUGGGCGAGUGUUGCCAGCUGGUUUUAAAAGCACUACACUGAUGUGAAUAACUAGAGAUAAGAUGAGCACGUCUUUCUACUACUCUUGUCCUUAAACAGUCUGAUUGAAACAGAAAUAUUACACUUGUAAGGUUUGCAAUAAAAACGACAAACUUUCUUUAA